CAUACUGGUUAAUCGAAAUCUUUGUCAAACAUUUUGCAAAGGAAUUUUCUUGAUUUUCCCAGAAAUACAUAAGUGGAACUUUAACAGCAAAAUGAGGGCUCUAAAUGUUCGACGUCUACUUUACCCCUUUGUGAAACGCACUUUCCUCGCGCAAUUCAUGAAGUAUUACAAUGGUAAUGGGAAUAUAAUCAAGCAGGUAGCUCGUAAUUUUAGUAUUCAACUCCGGGGAUCCGCCUUUUGGGAUCUCGACACCGUGCAUCCGAUGUUGGCCGGACUCUGCAUCUUCAUCUUGGUGGAACACAAAGGGACAGACCUCGAGCGAAAGCUUCGCACCAAACUAAUGAAUCGAUUUCUGAAUGUCAUCGAAUGUGUGCAUCCCAUGACUGUGCACAUUCUGGUGGAGAAGCUGCUGACUGACCUGGAGGAAUCGGAUGCCUGCCAGGAGCAGAACCUCUUCAUAUUGGCCUCCGUGCUCUCGAAGUGCUCUUGGCGAGGUCGUCCUCUGGCCGUCUGCCUGCUGUGGGAGAUUCUGAGUCGCAGAAUGCCUGCUCUGGAGGUCACCAUGCAUCGCUACCGCGAGCUUGAGGAGCUGGUAAAAGCUGUGGAUAAACUACCGACACGCGAGCGGAUCAAUUGGGGCGAGGAUAUUUUGGACGAAGCUAAGCAAGAGAAGUUGGAUGGGCUAAGCACUUUGGUAGAAUCGGUCGAACUGCUGAUUCGCCUCAUCAUGUGCGAUAACAAGGAGCUCCUGGAAGCUGGCUACCCGGAGCACUUCUUUCAAAUAAGCCAAUCCAACGCCAUAUCCCUCAAGAGUUGGUUUCUCGAGGUCACCGAGCAGAUGCCUUUGGGAUACUGCGAAAAUUCCGAAAAGCUAACUACAAUUAUCGACAAUAUGAUGUCAAUAAUUUAAAAGGUGAAACUUAAAACCUUUCAAUAAACACAGAAGAGAUGAACUUAACGCCAAAAACAGGGCUGAUCCUGUUAAAAACCGUAUACAAAAUAUAUAUAAAAAACCAAGAAAUGUACUGAAAACAUGUGAUAUUCAAUGCACUCUGCAAACCAAAUAGUCAUAAACUGGAAGACAAUAAAUGGACGAUGAUAACAUACCUUUGGAACUCACACCAGCAUGACCCCCAAAAUCGAAGAUAUUUCAAAACCGAAGCUAAGACUGGAUUUGAUUUUUAAUCUUUUCAAAUUUUUUUUACAGAAAACAAUGUUUUACUUCAAAUAAAAAAAUAGUUUUUUGUGAUCUAUAAA